AUGGAGAGCAUCAAUGACUUGCCAGAUGAGAUGCUCGUGAAGAUAUUGUCAUCGUUUCCUACGUUUAAAGAGACUAUACGAACAUCUCUCAUAUCAAAACGUUGGCAGGAUCUUUGGAAACUGGUGCCGGUGUUCAAUCUUAAUGAUAAUUUGGUUGAUGAUUAUGAUGAUGAUGGUGAGAGUUUUAAGAGUUUUGUUUAUAGAUGUUUCUUGUUUAGCAAAGCUCAAGUUCUAGAGAGAUUGUGUCUCAAGCUUCUACUACCCUAUUAUAAGUCUUCAAUCAUCAAUGAUUGGGUCAAAACCGGAGUUACUCGAUCAGUUAAAGAGCUGCAACUCAACAUGUGUGGCAACAACCUACAACUGCCGAGUUGCUUGGGCCGUUGUAGAACCUUAGAAACAUUAAAACUCCAAGGCUUGAAACUCAAGGUUUUACCGCAGUUUUUUCGUUUGCCAUCAGUCAAAACUCUUCACCUUCUAUCAGUUAAAUUCCCGAGUGAUGAAUCUGUUGAGAGCCUUCUAAGCAGCUGCCCUGUUCUUGAGAAUUUGGUUGUAAACAAGAAAGAAGAUGACAAUGUGGUGAUAUUCAAUAUUAGUGUGCCUACUUUGAGGAGUUUAACGAUCAAUAAUUCUGAAGGGGUACGCACCAACAAUGCGGAGAUUCACGGGUUUGUGAUAAAAGCUCCUUCGUUGGUGUAUUUGAACAUUAAGGAUACAUUCAGUAACUUCAUAAUGUUUGAAUAUAUGCCUGAGGUGAUCAAGGCUAAUAUCGAGGUUGUUUGUGACCAAUCUGAGAAGUUCAUAGGAUCUCUUACCUCAAUACAACAUCUUUCUCUCUGUUCUCGAACUUCAAAGAUUCCAUAUCAUAGAGGCAGUUUCUUCUUCUAUCUUGAACAUCUAGAGCUACGUACAAGUUAUGCGGGAUGGUGGAACCUACUUUACCAUAUACUUGAAGACGCUCCAAGACUUAAAUCUCUCAAGCUAGAUAAGUCGAAACAUACAAGUAGUUGUGACAUUGGUAAAAUAACUCUCUCUAAAGUUGUUCCCAAAUGCUCACUGACGCAUCUCGAGAUCUUGGAAUGGAGAAGCUAUAAAGGCACAAAUCAAGAAAUGAAUGUGGCCAAGUACAUACUAAAAAACGCUACUUGUCUAAAGAAGGCGACAUUCUCAACAAGAUAUAAAAACAAAAACGGCGGCAUUUUAUUGAAGUUAAAGUCUACGUACAGAGUUUCAAAGAGAUGUCAGCUUGUGAUUGACUAA